AUGAGUUCUCUUCGAUUCCUUGACUUGGUCAAGCCGUUCGUGCCGUUCCUCCCUGAGGUUCAGCAGCCGGAGACCAAGAUCCCCUUCAACCAGAAGCUGAUGUGGACGGCUCUCACCCUCCUCAUCUUCCUGGUGAUGAGCCAGAUGCCUCUGUACGGUAUCGUCUCGUCCGACAAUUCGGAUCCCCUCUACUGGCUGCGAAUGGUCAUCGCGAGUAAUCGAGGUACACUGAUGGAAUUGGGUAUCACUCCCAUCAUUUCCUCCGGCAUGGUAUUCCAGCUCCUCGCUGGCACCCACAUGAUUGACGUCAACCUCGACCUCAAGUCCGACCGUGAACUCUACCAGACCGCCCAGAAGCUCUUCGCUUUCAUCCUCUCCGCCGGUACCGCCACCGUUUACGUCUUCACUGGUCUUUACGGUCCCCCCUCCGACCUUGGUGCUGGUGUUGUCUUCCUGCUCAUCCUCCAGCUCGUCAUCGCCGGUAUGAUUGUCAUUCUGCUUGAUGAGCUUCUCCAGAAGGGCUACGGACUUGGCAGCGGUAUCUCUCUGUUCAUUGCUACCAACAUUUGCGAGUCCAUCGUCUGGAAGGCCUUCUCUCCCACCACCAUCAACACCGGCCGUGGCCCUGAGUUCGAGGGUGCUGUUAUUGCUCUCUUCCAUCUCCUGAUGACCUGGCCCAACAAGCAGCGCGCUCUCCAGGAGGCCUUCUACCGCCAGAACCUCCCCAACAUCAUGAACCUGCUGGCCACCCUCCUCGUCUUCGCUGCCGUCAUCUACCUUCAAGGCUUCCGUGUUGAGAUCCCAGUCAAGUCUUCGCGCCAGCGUGGUGCUCGUGGCUCUUACCCCGUCCGCCUCUUCUACACCUCCAACAUGCCCAUUAUGCUGCAGUCCGCCCUCUCCUCCAACAUCUUCCUGAUCAGCCAGAUGAUGUACUCUCGCUUCUCUGAGAACCUCCUCGUCCGUCUCUUCGGUGUGUGGGAGGCUAAGGACGGUUCUUCCCAGCUCCACGCCGUUUCCGGUCUCGUCUACUACAUGUCUCCCCCUCUCAACUUCCGUGAGGCUCUCCUCGACCCCAUCCAUACCGCUGCCUACAUUGUCUACAUGCUCGGUGCCUGUGCUCUCUUCUCCAAGACUUGGAUCGAAGUUUCCGGCUCCAGCCCUCGCGAUGUCGCCAAGCAGCUCAAGGACCAGGGUCUCGUCAUGGCUGGACACCGUGAGCAGAGCAUGUACAAGGAGCUCAAGCGCGUCAUCCCCACUGCCGCCGCCUUCGGUGGUGCCUGCAUUGGUGCCCUCUCUGUCUUCAGCGACCUCAUGGGCGCUCUUGGCUCUGGUACCGGUACCCUGCUCGCUGUCACCAUUAUUUACGGUUACUUCGAAAUUGCCGCCAAGGAGGGAGAUCUUGCUGGCAUGAAGGGUAUGAUUAUGGGCUAG